CCUAUACAACCAAAAAUAUAUUUCGCAACUGUCUCUUCUUGAAGUAUGAGAUACCUUUCCUCUCUUAAGAUCAGUUAGCUAGGCGAAAUGCUAGUGCAGAGGUUAUAAUUUAUUGUCAGUUAUCCGCUCCAAAUGUGUCCCCCAGUGGGUCAACGGUAAGUUUACGGACUUACAACGCUAGGAUCCUGGGUUUGAUUCCCGUGUUGGACAGAGCGCAGUAGCCUAUUGCAAAGCUUUUCGCUAAAACAACAAAAAUACUCUACAAAUCGAUCCUUUUAAGUAUCAUUAUAUUUUUCAGUAUGUGAAUGCUUCCGUGUUUGACUUUGACCCAAACCUUAAAAAGUGUGUGCGUGUAUGUAAAUAUCACUAGAAGGAGAGAUCGACUCCUGACGUUCACAUACUUUGGCAAUAUAAACUUUUCACUUCAAUGCACAUAGUGUAAUAUUUUGUUCAUAUUGUGAGUUUACCUCAUUGUAACACUCGUUAUAGGUCAGCAUCGUCAAUAGUAAACGUAUGUACGCACUUGUAUGUGAAUUUCUUAUACUUAUAGGGUUACGUGGAAUUCUAUCAGCUAACUGUUAAGACUAUGAGUUUUGUAAAGACGCUCGUCACAAUACAAUGCCCACCCCUUUUUAUAUUAGACCGGUUUCUUCGAUUCACGUAGGGGAAGUGUGCGACUUGCUUUGGCUGUUAACAGACCUUGUUAGCUUGAAAAAAAGAAAGAAAGAAAAGGCCGUAAUAUCGAUCUGUUUGUCGUGCGAUAAAACAUAUUGAUUAUCUGUCAGUAUUCUGUUUCGACCAAACUUCUUCGUUCUCCGGUAGAUUUAAUUGGUAUAAGUGGAUUAUUUGAUUAGUUGUGUGUUUCACCACUAUCUAGCAAUCAAAAUGCAGGUAGGCUUGCCAAAUAACAUAUGGAGUGGUGGAAAUGAGUAUGUCGAGUCUUUGCCGGAGUCGUCGUCGUCUGAGGAUCUGGAGUCUGUAGUUGCCGACAGGCAUCUUUCCCAGUCACCAAUCAUACAGGAAACAUCUUAUAAAAAGUACUUAAAGCUUGUGUCAGGUGUUGAGAAAGAGAACUAUUAUGAUGCUUCAGAGGAGACAAAGGGGUAUGUUACAACUCCUGACAGUGGAAUCCAUGACUUGUCAAACAUGGACACAGAACUUAGAGCCAAGAUGGAGGAGGAGUGGAAGGAAGAACUAGCCAAGACAGAGGAAGAAAUCAUCACUUUACGACAGGUUUUGGCUUCCAAAGUUAGGUAUGCUCAGGACUUGAAGCAUAAGCUUGGAAUAACUGUAUGGAAAGAAUUUAAGGAGGAUAUGCAGCAGGGCAUAAAGAACAUUCAAGAAACAGAAGUCUAUCAACUCACCACCCAAACCUUGAAAACAGCCGGUGAAAAAACCACUAAUGUGUUGGGAAAUCUUGGAGCGAAUGUGACCAAGAAAAUUGAAGAUGUGAAGUAAUUCACAGACAAAAUGUAGAUGUGUUGAUGAUGAUAGUGAUGGAUGACCACCAUUUACAAAUUCUAACACAUUGUUCAUGGCUGUGUGUGUGCAGAAUUUCAACUGAGUCACAGAGAGAAGCAAACAGAUUUAAGACUAUAGAACUCUAAAAUUAGAUAAUUCUAUAUCUAACUGUAUGAUUAGAUAAAUCAUAAAGAUUUGUUAGUCCAGCUUGCUCACUCUAAAUAUUUUCAUUUCAUGCAUAAGUAAGUUUUUCGGAGCUACGCAUUCAUUAUAUACAGUUUUUAGAAUAUUAGCAAGAUCCUUGGUUGAGUGUGUCUGAUGCUGCUUAUAAAUUAAAACAGUUUUCAUAAGGUUUGAUAAACAUCUGUUUGAGAUAUUUAAUAUCUAAUUAGGUAAUUAAACAUUGUGAAUUAAGUAAAAUAUUUUAUAUAGUAAACUGGGUGGCACUAUUGAGAUUCCUGAAAUAUAUGUGAGGAACAUUUUAAUCUAAACUAACAUUUUGUGUUUUAUGUAUAAUUGUGGUAUUGCACAACUUUUAAACUAAUAAUAAUAAUUUAAUAAUCUCAUUGCACGGUAAUUAAACUAUAAUCCACAAACACGAUGUGAUGAGAAACAGGAACCUACAAUAUCUCGGUAUAGAACAAAAAAAAGUGCUUUAUCAAAUGUAACAAGAGAUGUUUCAUUUUAAAGCUCCAUCUUCUAAGGAUCCAUUUUGUUUCACAAAUUCUAUGCUCAGUUUGGGCAUUAGAAGUAAAAUAAUAAAUGUGUUAAGGUAUUUUACUUUCAGUGAUAGUAAUGUUGAAAACAUUAAUAAUAGUUAUUAAAUAGUUCAUUCAGCUGAUAAUUUAAGAUCUUAAUGACAGCAAUUUUACAUACAACUACCAUGAAUUAAUCAUGCACCAAACCAACACGCACUUAUAUGUAUAUAAGAAAACUAGUACACACAUUAUCAAAAAUAAGCUAGAGAGAUAAGCAGCCACAGAACUGAAUUGUUGCAUAGUUGGUUGAUGAAUCAUUUUCUGAAUAUUUGAUGUUACCUUAGUUACUAUAAGUAAGGUUGAUGGUUUAUUAUUUUUAUGUUUUAAUCUUCCUUGUUUUUUAACAUCUGUAUAGAGAAUAUUUUAAAAACUUUGUUUACCAUAGUUGAAACAUUGAGGACUAAUACUUAUGCAAUCCAUAGUUCCUAAGUUAAAGACAUUUGUUUUAUUUCUCAUCACUAACAAAUUCUUUUUUUUUUUCAGAAAAAUA